GACGGCAGCUUUCUUUAGUUCCGGAGAGUGCAUGUUUUGUAUGCGGCCCGAUACAUCGACCUCUUCCUUCACUAGACUGGUUCCACCACCACUGGUGACCAUACCGCCGGCGACCGCCGCACCCGGAGGACUUACUAACUUUCUCCGAUAACCUGCUGUUAUAAAACAUGAGGGGUUUCCUGCUCUACCUGUGUGCAUUGACUGCAGUGACAUUAAGUGCUGCUCAAUAUUAUAAUCGUUACGAGAAUGUAAACGCAGAUGUAAUCAUACAGAACGAGAGGAUACUACUCGCAUAUUACAAAUGUGUGAUGGACAAAGGACCCUGUAAUAAGGAUGGCAAGAAUUUUAAAAAAGUACUUCCUGAGACACUGUCGACAGCCUGUGGGCGUUGUAAUCCAGUUCAGAAGAUGGUUGUUCGCAAGUUAUUAAAUGGCAUUAGGGCAAAAAGCGAAUCCCGUUUUCUCGAUCUUCUCGACAAGUACGAUCCAAAACGCACUAACAGAGAUGCUCUAUACGACUUCUUAGCCACUGGUUUACUUCAAGCUCUAUCUAGAAUGUUUGUUCUUAUAACUUUGUGUUUACUUGGAGCCGCAAUAGCUCAAGAAAAAUAUGACUCGAUAGAUGACAAUUUUGAUAUAUCUGAAGUAUUGGGGAAUGACAGACUAUUACAGGCUUAUUCACGGUGUUUGUUAAACAAAGGACCUUGUACACCAGAAAUAAAAAAAGUAAAAGAAAGAAUACCAGAAAUACUAGAGACAAGAUGUGCCAAAUGUACUGAUAAGCAAAAGAAGAUGGGUAAGCAAUUAGUGCAGGAAGUGAAAAAGACACAUCCCGAAAUUUGGAAAGAAUUUGUAGCUAAAUAUGAUCCAAAUGGCAAAUAUCAACAAGCUUUUCAAGAUUUUCUUAAGUCAUAAAUAAAACUUAUAAAUGUAUUAGAAGAUAUAAUUGUAUCUAUAGACAACAAAGGCGGUUUCUAUUUAAUGGUAUAUAAAAUAAAAUAUAUAUAGUUUAAUUAUACCUAUAUUUUAAAUAAACAGAUUUUUAUUUUGA